AAACGUGUGUGUGCGCGUGUGCGCGCGCCCGAACGGACCGCUAUCCUAGCUGUUCACGGUGAAACGCGCAGGGUUACUUCUGCCACCUGACCAGCACAAGCGAUUGUAAUUGAAACUGUGCGGAUGUUAUGUGAACGCUGUACGGCCCUUUCACUCAGACAAAUGUUAUCCGGGUUGUGCUUAUAACACCGCUCUCGUUGCCUGCGCUUCCCUGCUCUACGCGCCGACGGCCGGCGAGAGCAACGCGGAGAGGGCAAAAGGAGCACGUGCCCACAGGACCAGCAAUGGGACGGGUUUCUGGAAAAGACCACGCCUCCUCGUCUCAUCCUCCUAUUCGUGGCGGCGAGAUAUAAUUGGUCGACUUCCGGAAGUGACGGCUCACUGCUCACGAGCUGCUUCCCGUAGCGCCACGCCAUGUCGAGUCGCGUCGCUUUCCACGAGAAGCUCGUGUCCGUCAUGGAGGCGCUGGCGAACGCGGCCGUGGCCGAGAUCUGCCAGCUGGUGGAGGACGGCUACGCGCUGCUGCGGCUCGAGGUGUCGCGGAGGCAGGAGGAGAACGAGGAGCUGAGGACGAAGCUGCAGACCAUGGAGCUCCUGCUGGUGAGGCGAGCGCGGCGCCGCGGGGAUCGCGCAGGUGGAGAGCGUCCGGCGACGUCAUCAUCAUCAUGUGUUGGCGGAAGGGGGCACCACGUGCCGGGGGGCAGACCACGGCUGCUGGCGCAGACGCGCGAGGACGUCGAGCUGCUGGUGGAGGAGGAGGACAGACCUGCGCCGCACCGGGAGGCGGAACGUCCAGCUGCCGGAGUCCUGGAGGAAUCCCCAGCGGAGGCUACUGUGCUGGACACGCGUCCCGGCGAGAAGGAGCACAGGGCCGAGUCCCAGCUCAUCAAGGAGGAAUCGCCGGAAGAGCCGUGUGGCAACAGCGAGGAAGACGAUGUCGGAAAGCGAAGGACCGUCGAGGGGCCGGUGGCUCACGUGAAGAGGCUUCCUGUUGGGGACCCAUACGUUGUAUGUGCGGGGCUCUCAGAGCAGCAGAUGGGACACAGCAUGUGGGGAGGAGCUAGAUCAGAGACCCUCUUCAAGCUGGAACCAGGCGGACAGAGUGUGAAGGAGACACUUGGACACACGCGGUCUGGAGGCAAGGUGGAGAAACUGAGCCUGAAUAUUGGGAGUGCAGCCCAUGAGCGGUCAGCACAGCUGGUGCGGGUUGCGGACGUGCUGGUGGAUGACCAGCCCUGCACGGAAGUUGCAGACUUGCACACGUGCUUCCAGCCAGAGCUUGAAGGAGCUGGUGUGGUUCUCCCCUCCUCAGCUGCGUCAGGGGCGGAGUCAGAUGUAACCAUGGAGUAUGUGAUGCGCUCAACAUGGAGCGAAGACUUGGGUCCAGGGGUGGCUCAGACGCAACACGGGUGUUACGCUGAAGAUGGGCAAAGGACAGACAUUCCCUCCAAAAGUGGGGCCAGCAUGUGUUCACCUCACGCCCCAGCCGUUAGCGCAUCGCAGUCCUACGGCUUGGACGCGAACGGAUUUUUAACGCAUUACAAACGUUUUGCUGCACCUGAAAGCACCAAGACCUACCGGAAGUUUGAGACGAGAGGCAAAGUAUUUGUCUGUAAAUUUUGUGGGAAGUGUUGCACGCGCUCCAGCAACCUUAAGAGACAUCAGAGGGUCCACACUGGCGAGAAACCGUUCAGCUGCACGCUCUGCGGCAAGAAGUUCACGCAGUCAUGCAGCCUGAAGAGACACCAGAGCGUUCACACGGGAGCACGACCCUUCCACUGUCCCCGUUGCAGAAAGCAGUUCUCGUACACCGGUGACCUUCAGAAGCACCAGUGUUCACACUGGAGGAAGACGGUGUAGUUGCAUUUUGUGAAACGCUACAUUUACACGAUCCAUCUGUGCACAGAACAAUUUUAUUUAUUUUUUUUUUUACAUCUUCGGUAAGGGAAAUGUUUCAAAGUGCUGUUUUGUUUUUUUUAUUUAUUUUUUUUAACGUUAAUUUAGCUCAU